AUGCAAGGAAUGUCGUCGGAGAAAGUCCAAGGUAAUGCAUGGCAGGUCUUGCUAUUUGUUAUGGCCGCAGUGGGUGCAUUCACUGUUUCGGCCCAACCGACUGAUACAGACAUUGCUCUCUUCGAAGCUGCCAAGGGGAGGCUUUCCAUCGAUAUGCUGGAGACAGGAAACUUGCUUCUUGUGCAGGCCUUGAGCCUCGCUUCAAAUUAUAUGCAGAAGAGAAACAAACCAAAUUCUGGCUACAACUACAUGGGGCUAGCUCGUCGUAUUGCAAUGGGAAUUGCUCUGCACAAAGAGUUCCCGACCUGGGAAACCAAUUUACUUACGAUUGAAAUGAGGCGGCGGGUAUGGUAUUGUCUCUAUAUUUUCGAUGUUGGGGCCAUCAUCACCUUCUCUCGUCCUCUUGAUUUCCCUGACGAUGGGAUCGACGUUGAACUUCCUAUGAAUAUACAUGACAGUGACAUCACGACUGGAACCAAGCAAUCGCCUCAGCCAGCCAAUGAAACCACUGUGUACACGCAUCUUCGAGCACAGGCAACCUUCCACAUGGCAUCAAGCCAGAUAUACUCUAGAAUCAUAUCAUCACCAUUUCCGUCGGCAAAUGAGCUCAUCGAGCUGGAUGACCGGCUGAUUGGACGUUGGCUUAGCAAAAUCCCGGUAUUCUUCCAAGAGAAUGUCAUCCAAGCACCAAAGUUUCGACUGUGCCACUCUAUUUUAUGCUGGCGAUAUCGAAAUUUCCGCAUCCUCAUGUACCGCCCUUUUCUAGUAGGGCGUCUUAUGGUCCGUCAAGACCGAGGAGGAUCUACUGCCCAAGAGAACGAGGUGCAAGUAGAGGUUGCCAUCCAGCGCUGUUUAGAUUCAGCACGGGAGUCAGUACAACUUAUCUCAUCUUUCUGGGCACAGGAACAGAAAAGUAUGAUGGCCUGCUGGUAUGGGCUGUAUUUUCUGUUCCAAGCAGUUCUAAUUCCAGUCAUCUGUCUGCGCAAUGACCCUCAAUGUGCGCUCGCAACAAGCUGGCGUGACCAGAUAUCCCAGGCCAUGCAUGUGCUUGAAUCAAUGUCACAUCUUAACCCCACAGCUUCUCGCUGCCUUGGUGUUAUUCGCUCUCUUUGUGGGUCAUACUUUGAUCCUUCUGUUGACAGAUGGGGUCCAACAGAGGAGUCACCACAGACGCAACUUACAAAUCUCUACCCGUUGAUGUGGCCAACAUUGGAAAUGGCACAGUUGGAUGGCAUGGAUCCAGUAUUACAGGAAUCUACCAUUCUGGACUUUAUGAACCAACUACCAGGCUUUGAGUAG